AUGGACACGGUGUGUUUCCGGUUACCGGGACACGGGGACAAAACCCUGAAGCACAUGAACUCGCUCAGGUCCCGCCAGCAUUUUUGUGACAUCACAAUCAUGGUGAGCAAAAACCAAAUAUUCAAGGGUCACAAGGUGGUGCUUGCAGCCUGCUCGCCCUUCCUGAGAGACCAGUUCCUCCUCAAUCCUUCACCUCGGCUGCAGGUGUCAAUGCUGUACGGCUCCUCGGUGGUGUUUGACCUGCUCCAGUCGUGCUACACCGGCGUCCUGCAGUUCAACCCAGAGGAGAUUGUGAACUACCUGACGGCUGCCAGCUACCUCCAGAUGGAGCACAUCGUGGCGCGCUGCAGGGGAGCCCUGGAGAAAUACGUGCAGCUGAAGAACACCGGCCCGCCGAAGGCGCAUGCAGACGAGAGCCAGGCCCGGCCGGUGAUUGUCAGCGGCAGCAUCCACUCGGUGGCGUCGCCCUCCCCCACUCGGCCCUCCCCCGUCCCCCCUCACAGCCCUGCCGUGCUCUCGGUGGAGGAAGAUAAUGACGACGCAUCGGCUCGGGGGAGCACUCAGCACCAUGAUGACGGACCCAUGCUGGACGAGCCGUGUAUUAAGGUCAACACAUCUGAUGAAGAAGAAUCCAAACGGGAGGAGAGCGACGUGUUCAGAGUCUACAUCUCUGAGGAGGAUCAGAUGAACGUAGAGAGGGGGGGCGAGAGAGGGGCCUGCUCUGACCUCCCUCAGGAUGUCUGCUUCCCAGAGACGGAGGGGAUCGUGAUUGGAGGGGACGGCAGUGAGUACGACUUCAAUCAUCCAGAGGACCUCAGUUCUGGCGGACUUGCAGUGGACGCCCUCCGUCCCUUCAGGCGCAGGCUGUCUGACCCAAAAAUCGGUCGCGGCAGGGGGAGGGGCCGGGGGAGGGGGUUCAAAAGGAGGCGGUGGGUGUCGUCGCAGGAGAAAAGGCCGUCCGGGGUCGCUCACCACCAGGACUUGUGGUACCUCACCACAGCUGGGCUGGGGGGGAGUUUCGGCCUGGACUACAGCCAAGAGGGGCUGAAGGCAGCGGGAAACUACAUCUCCGUCGAGAUUCCCAGGUUUGACAUGAGCAUGGGGGAGGCUCAUGGGGGAAAGGUCUCCCCCUCCGCGGCCAGCAGUAUAAACCAGCUCUCAUUUGAGGAGUCCAGCUGCGGCGAGGGGAGUUCAGGGCUGACCGCCGUCGGAACGAACGAGGGGGGGGAUGAGUCGGUGGCCGUGGUGGGCUCCACGUCCAGCGUGACCGGCCCCGUGAUCUGCGAGCACUGUGGCAUGACCUUCCCCUCCGCCCACUCCCUGGCCGUCCACUCCCGCUCCACCCACCUGCUGUACGCCUGCCCCUGCUGCGGAAAGCACUUCCACCACUCCGCCAACCUCACGCGACACAUGGCCGUGCACCGGGGCGGCGGGAAGUCGCACCAGUGCCCGCUCUGCUACAAGACCUUCACCCAGAAGUCCACGCUGAUAGACCACAUGAACCUCCACAGCGGCGAGCGGCCGCACCGCUGCGCCUACUGCCACGCCCGCUUCGCCCACAAGCCCGCCCUGCGCCGCCACCUGAAAGAGCAGCACGGGAAGACCACCGGCCAGAACUCUCUGCACGAGCAGGAGGAGAGGGAGAGGGCCAGCGGGGCGGUGGCAAGGGUACGGGAGGAGGACCAGGAGUGUCUGGUUACCGAACAGGUGUCGUAG